AUCAACUCUCUCUUUCUCUCCUUUGCCCCCCAAAAAAUCUCUCGCGCUGCAAAAUUCUCAGCCCUUUGAAUCGCAUCCAUUCUAUUCACUCGUAAAAACAAGAAGAAAAUCUCGUGUUUUUGUAAAGAUCUAGUGUUUCUUAGUAAAUUGGCCGAAUCGAAAAUUGAUAAAUUGGAUUAGUAAUUGAAGGUUGGUUAAUAAUGAUUGGAAUCUAGGGUUUGUCGAUCUAUGUUUUGGUUUGAUUUUAGUAACUAUGGAAACGACGACGAGCGAUGUUGCGAUGUUAGAUGCGGAGUUGCUUCAGCUACCAGAGGUUGCUGCUUUAGAUUUCAAAUCUUACCCUGACUUUGCCCAAAAACUCUUCGAUCAGUGGCUCUCCCUUCCUGAUGCCAAUAAGCUGGUGACAUCACUGGUUAAUGAUGCCAAGACAGGUUCUCCCUUGAAUAUCUCUGGAAAUUCAUCUAGUGCAAAUGCUGCCACUGGCAGUUCCUUACCGUCCAUGUUUCCUGGGGGGAGUACACCACCUCUUUCCCCCCGAAGUUCAACCGGUUCUCCUCGUGUGACAAAACAAAGGGUUGGCCCUUCAAAUUUAGGUUCUCCUCUAAAAGUAGUCAGUGAGCCAAUAAAGGAGUUGAUACCACAGUUUUAUUUUCAAAAUGGUCGUCCAGUGCCAAAUGAGCUAAAAGAACAAUGCUUGAUUCGGAUCAAUCACUUCUUCUAUGGUCAUUCGGAUGGACUGCAGAUACAUGAGUUCAAAUCAAUCACUAAGGAAGUAUGCAAGCUGCCGUCAUUCUUUUCAACAGCUCUAUUUAGAAGGAUUGAUGUUAAUAGCACCAAUUUUGUGACAAGGGAUGCUUUUCUCAAUUAUUGGAUAAAUGGCAACAUGUUGACAUUGGAUAUAGCUACCCAAAUUUUCACAAUUUUGAAACAACCAGAUCUCAAAUACCUCACCCAGGAAAACUUUAAACCUGUGCUUCGAGACUUACUGGCAACUCAUCCUGGAUUGGAGUUUUUACAGAGCACACCUGAGUUUCAGGAAAGAUAUGCUGAAACUGUUAUAUACAGAAUUUUUUACUAUGUAAAUAGAUCCGGGAAUGGUCAUCUUACCCUCAGGGAGCUGAAACGUGGGAAUUUAAUUGAUGCAAUGCAACAUGCAGAUGAAGAAGAGGACAUAAAUAAAGUUUUGAGGUACUUUUCUUAUGAGCACUUUUAUGUGAUAUACUGCAAGUUUUGGGAGCUGGACACAGAUCAUGAUUUUCUUAUUGACAAAGAGAACCUUAUUAGAUAUGGGAAUCAUGCACUUACCUACCGGAUUGUUGAUAGAAUAUUUUCCCAGGUUGCAAGAAAAUUUACUAGUAAGGUUGAAGGAAAGAUGGGAUAUGAAGAUUUUGUGUAUUUCAUACUUUCAGAGGAAGACAAGUCAUCUGAGCCUAGUCUUGAGUAUUGGUUCAAGUGCAUAGAUUUGGAUGGAAAUGGAAUUCUGUCACGGAAUGAGAUGCAAUUCUUUUAUGAGGAGCAGUUGCAUCGGAUGGAAUGCAUGGCUCAAGAGCCUGUGCUUUUUGAAGAUAUAUUAUGCCAGAUAAUUGACAUGAUUGGACCAGAGGAUGAUGGCUAUAUCACCCUCCGUGACCUAAAAGGUUGUAAACUUUCAGGGAGUGUUUUCAACAUCCUUUUCAACCUCAAUAAAUUUAUGGCCUUUGAAACCCGCGAUCCAUUUCUCAUUCGGCAGGAGCGUGAGAAUCCAACAUUAACAGAGUGGGAUCGUUUUGCACAUAGAGAAUAUAUUAGGCUUUCAAUGGAAGAAGAUGUUGAAGAUGCUUCUAAUGGUAGUGCAGAAGUUUGGGAUGAAUCACUUGAGGCUCCAUUCUGAGUUCAAUUAGGUGCUUGCAUAAAAAGCUCUAGAUUCUUCUUCUACAGAGACCGUGAGACAGGAAAACAGUAAACUCAAAGGAUCAUUCUGUAGCCUUUUUAAAGAGAGUCCAGGUUUGGCGGGAUGGAAUGCAUUUUUGUUUCAAAUGCCAGCAGGGGGGACAUAUGCAAGCUUUUGCGUGCAUAAUUCGACAAACAACAAGGAGAAUUACUCUAGAGCCGUGGUUCAUGAAGCUGAACUUCCUUCCUGUAAAGGAGAGGUAGUUUCUAAGAGUUGAUUAAUCAAGUCCAGGUUGAAGUAGCUCAGAACAUUCACUGCAUUUUUUAUUUAUUUUAUCAAUCUGUAAGAUAUAAUCCCUGUCGAGGUCUUCUAAUUUAGUGGUUGGUUAUUUUUGAUGUAUUUCCUGUACGGUAAUCAAUUGGGUGGUGCUGGGGUAGGCUUCCUAUGUUUAUCAAUUUUUGGAUUGUCAAUUUAUCGGUUACCAUAUA